UUGCUUGCUCAGGGCUUUUGACAAUGGGAGGCGCAUGUCCUUUGGUUUUGGUCAGGUAUAAAUGCAAGGGUUAAACCAGAGCAGAGUGUGUCAGUCACCAGUUGGAACGAGCUCAGACAAAGCGAAAAAAACCACCCACACAUCGCAACCAUGGGCAAGAUCAUCUUCUACGAGGACAGGAACUUCAUGGGACGUUCCUAUGAGUGCAGCAGCGACUGCUCCGAUAUGUCCUCCUACCUGAGCCGCUGCCACUCCUGCAGGGUGGAGAGCGGCUGCUGGAUGGUCUACGACCGCCCCAACUACACGGGCAACCAGUACUUCAUCAGGAGGGGCGAGUACAACGACUACAUGAGCAUGUGGGGAAUGAGUGACUGGAUCAGGUCCUGCCGUAUGAUCCCCAUGCACAGGGGACCCUACAGGCUGAGGAUCUAUGAGAGGGAGAACUACAUGGGGCAGAUGAUGGAUGUGAUGGAGGACUGCGAGUCCAUCAUGGACCGCUACCACUGGUCCGGCGGCUGCCAGUCCUGCCACGUGAUGGACGGCCACUGGCUCAUGUAUGAGCAGCCUCAUUACAGGGGCAGGAUGUGGUACUUCAGGCCUGGAGAGUACAGGAACUUCAGGGAGAUGAUGAUGAUGGGCAACAUGAGGUUCAUGAGCAUGAGGCGCAUCAUGGAUUCCUGGUAUUAA